UGCCGCCGCCCCGCCCACGCCAAUUCGCCGGUCGUCGGGCGCGUCACGUGACGGGUCGGCGGCGCUGGCGGUUGCUGUCAGCUGAUUCCCGGGGUUGGUGGCAGCGGCGGUAGCAGCGAUGGACUUUCUCCUGGGGAACCCGUUCAGCUCUCCAGUGGGACAGCGCAUCGAGAAAGCCACAGAUGGCUCCCUGCAGAGCGAGGACUGGGCCCUCAACAUGGAGAUCUGCGACAUCAUCAACGAGACAGAGGAAGGUCCCAAAGAUGCCCUCCGAGCAGUGAAGAAGAGAAUCGUGGGGAAUAAGAACUUCCACGAGGUGAUGCUGGCUCUCACCGUCUUAGAAACCUGUGUCAAGAACUGCGGGCACCGCUUCCACGUGCUGGUGGCCAGCCAAGACUUCGUGGAGAGUGUGCUGGUGAGGACCAUCCUGCCCAAAAACAACCCACCCACCAUCGUGCAUGACAAGGUGCUCAACCUCAUCCAGUCCUGGGCCGACGCGUUCCGCAGCUCGCCCGAUUUGACAGGCGUGGUCACCAUCUAUGAAGACCUACGGAGGAAAGGUCUGGAGUUCCCCAUGACUGACCUGGACAUGCUGUCACCUAUCCACACGCCCCAGAGGACCGUAUUCAACUCAGAGACAGCAUCAGGACAGGAUUCUGUGGGCACUGACAGCAGCCAGCAGGAGGACUCUGGCCCACACACUGCCCCUCUGUCCACCCCGGCCAUACUUUCUGGCGACACACCCAUAGCACCGACCCCAGAGCAGAUUGGGAAGCUGCGCAGUGAGCUGGAGAUGGUGAGUGGGAACGUGAGGGUGAUGUCGGAGAUGCUGACGGAGCUGGUGCCCACCCAGGCUGAGCCCGCAGACCUGGAGCUGCUGCAGGAGCUCAACCGCACGUGCCGAGCCAUGCAGCAGCGGGUCCUGGAGCUCAUCCCUCAGAUCGCCAAUGAGCAGCUGACAGAGGAGCUGCUCAUCGUCAAUGACAAUCUCAACAACGUGUUCCUGCGCCAUGAACGGUUUGAGCGGUUCCGAACAGGCCAGACCACCAAGGCCCCAAGUGAGGCCGAGCCGGCAGCUGACCUGAUCGACAUGGGCCCCGAGCCAGCAGGCGCUGGCAACCUCUCCUCCCAGCUGGCAGGAAUGAACCUAGGCUCUAGCAGUGUGAGAGCCGGCCUGCAGUCUCUGGAAGCCUCUGGUCGACUGGAAGAUGAGUUUGACAUGUUUGCGCUCACACGAGGCAGCUCGCUGGCUGACCAACGGAAGGAGGUAAAAUACGAAGCCCCCCAAGCAACAGACGGCCUGGCUGGAGCCCUGGACGCCCGGCAGCAGAGCACUGGUGCGAUCCCAGUCACACAGGCCUGCCUCAUGGAGGACGUCGAGCAGUGGCUGUCCACUGACGUGGGAAAUGAUGUGGAAGAGCCCAAGGGGGUCACCAGCGAAGGUAAAUUUGACAAAUUCCUGGAAGAACGGGCCAAAGCCGCGGAUCGACUGCCCAACCUCUCCAGCCCCUCAGCCGAGGGUCCCCCGGGUCCCCCACCUGGCCCAGCGGCCCGAAAGAAGACCCAGGAGAAAGAUGAUGACAUGCUGUUUGCCUUAUGAGUGUGGGGUCUGGCACCCUGCAGCCCAGGUCCCUGCUGCUCUCACACCCUUAGGCUGGGGCCUCCCUCCCUCCUCUGGUGUUAAGGCUGCUUUGGGGGUGGCUCGUUACCCCCUCUUCUCCUCCUUGAAGAUGGAGCUGCCCCAGCUGCGGCUGGGGGCGUAAAGGCGGCAGGAUGAACUGGGGGACAGAUCAGCGCUGCCUUGGGAUCUGGCUGCUCCGCCUCCUUUCCCACCCCAGCCGACCAUGAGACUGCUGAGAAGUGGAGCCCCCAGGACAGGCUGGCUUGCUGGCUGGUUGACCCAGGGUGACUCUCCUUCACUGAGUGAUGCCCUGUUCUGGACCCAUGCCCCAAGGAGCCCUUCAGAGCCCACACUGCCAGUGGAGGCCUGGUUGGAGGCUGGCCACACUGGAAGUUCUACGGAGCCUCCGGUCCAUUCCCUGCUCUGCCUCAUGGGGCCCCAUGGCUUCGGCUGGCCAUUAAGGGCAGGGCGUGGAGGUGUGGAGGCCCCCUGAGGAGCUUCGUGGCCCGCAUACAAAGCUGCAACUCUGCACGCAGUGGGUGAGAGGCUGCAGGUGAGGCUCCAGGGGAUGCUGGAUGCUGGGCCCAGCUUCCCUCCACUGCCCUGUCCAUACCCCCUCUGUUCCUCCUGGCCAGGCACCAUGGCACGGGGCUCACCUGUCGGUUGAUCCUCUCGUACCGGGAGAGGUGCCUUUUGUAUCCCCAAUUAAAGGUAGAAAACCACCCUGCUAGCAGCAUU